AUGAAAUCCCCAUAUUUCAAUGCUUUUUCAGAAAACUUUUAUCAUAAAGACAAUAUAAUAUCAGUAUUAAAUACCAUACUCGUGCACUCAACCAUUAUUGGGGCCCUUUUCAUAAAAGUUCCACAAAUAAUAAAAAUAUUUGUUAAUAAGACUGCUUGUGGUAUCUCAUUUGCAACCAUAUAUUUAGAAAUUUUUAUAGCAAGCUCAGAAAUAAUAAUUUCGAUAAGAGACAACCUAGAUCUGAAACUAUAUUUAAACAUCGCUAUAAUUAAUGUGCAAAAUCUUUUGAUAGUAUAUUUUAUGUGGAAAUAUAGCAACCAGUAUUCAAAAUCCAUUAAAUUUUUUAAAAUUUUCUUAUAUAUAUUUUAUAUUUUGUUUCUAAUCUAUGGGUUACCUAAUGCAAUGCUUCCUUUGAUUGGAAUAAUAAUAAUUCCAUUAAGCGGUUUGUCCAAGUUCCCUCAAAUACGUUUAAAUAAUAAAAAUAAGCACACCGGAAAUUUGUCUCCAAUAACUUACUCACUCCUUUGUCUCAGAAAUUUGUCCAUAAUAUUUGUCGUAUUUUAUAACAUAAAUAAUAUAAUAUACAUGAUCCGUUGUAUCGUUCCGGCAGUCUUAAAUUUCAUUAUUUUGUUCCAAAUUUUUUAUUAUUGGAAAAACACAAAUAAAGUUUUAGCCAAAACCAAGGUCGAGUAG